UUUUGGUAUUCAAUUUAGAAAUCUUACAAGAAACGAAGAACAUGCUUAGCAGCCUUAAAUAUAUAAUGGGUACUCUGCUGGCAAAGCGGAUUAUCUGGAUUUUGCUUUUUCUGGAAACAACCCAAAUGCUGUGCAUAAUAAGGCGAAUUCAUGAUCUUAACUAUCAGGACAUACUAUCCGAACUGGCCUAUAGUCUAUUAUACACAGGAUUAGCAUUAAGCACAUGUUAUUAUGGAUAUGGCAUAUUGUACAUAUACUCGGGGGGUCCAUGUAAUGAGUUUCUGUGUCGACUAUGUGGAGCAAGCCUGCAAGCUUGGCUACGAUUAAGCUUCGUGAUGCUUCUUCCCUGGAGUUUGAAGGUGUUUCAAGAACUCGGACAGCACGCAUUCAGCCUAUUUGAGUGUCUAGCCAACGGCGAACUAUCCAAUAUAAUUCUGCUCUUCAGUUUAACGCUCUUUCUUUUACAGGUAACUCUUGGCGGUCUGCCGCUUGCCGUAGAGGAUGUCAAUAAAAACGUGAAUUUGCUGCCAGGCAAGACACUUAAAUUUAUUCCAUUUGACAUAGGUCACACAACCAGUGCAUAUCGAGUGAAACCAUUAAGACUUAUGACAGAACUGAGGGAAAAAAGGGUGAAGGCUUUCAUAGGACCCGAUGAAAGCUGCACAACUGAGGCGUUGCUGGCCUCCGCCUGGAAUAUUCCCAUGCUUUCAUUUAAAUGCUCUGACUCAAUUGUUUCCAAUAAGAGUACCUUUCCCACCUUUGCACGGACCCUCGCCCCAGCUUCGAAGGUCUCCAAAAGUGUCAUAAGCCUGUUAAGUGCAUAUGAUUGGAAAAAAUUUGCAAUUGUGGUUAGUUCAAAGCCCAUUUGGGGCUCCGACGUGGCUAGCGCCAUUCAGGAACUUGCUGAAUCGAGAAACUUUACCAUAACGCAUUUUAAAUACAUAUCGGAUUAUAUACCCAUUAAGAAAACAUUGUCGCAAAUUGAAAAUAUUAUUGAAGAGACUUACACAACGACACGCAUAUACGUAUUUAUCGGAGAGCAUAUUGCUAUGGUGGACUUUGUGCGCUGCCUGCAAAAUCGUGGACUUCUCGAAAGCGGAGACUACAUUGUUAUAUCUGUGGACGAUGAGAUCUACAAUGCGAACCGUGUCAAUAUUAUGGAACGUAAUUACUUAGAUCCUUAUAUUAGAAAAGAAAAGAGCAAAUCACUGGAUAAAAUCUCAUUUCGUUCAGUUAUAAAAAUAAGCAUGACAUAUCCACAAAACCCUCAUAUUCGUGACAUUUGUACUAAAAUCAAAGAGUAUGCGCGUAAAGCUCCAUUUCUGGUGCCCUAUCAUCAACGAGUGUUCGAGAAUAUUUCGGUUCCCAUAUACGGUCUACAUCUGUAUGAUAGCGUAAUGAUCUAUGCACGUGCCGUUACGGAGGUUCUCCAGCUGGGAGGCGAUAUAAACGAUGGAAAUCUGGUUAUGAGUCAUAUAUUCAACAGAUCAUAUCACUCGAUUCAGGGCUUUGAUGUAUUCAUUGACUCCAAUGGCGAUGCGGAGGGCAACUACACUGUAAUAACGCUUCAGAGCGAUGCAAAUCGAUCUAGUAAUUCGCUAGCUAAAAUGUCCAUGCAGCCAGUUGGAUUUUUUGUCUACAAUAAAGACUCUGUUAUACCGGAAUUUCGGUAUAUUAAAAAUGGUAGACCUAUUCAGUGGCUAAAUGGUCGACCGCCGCUUGCGGAGCCAAUGUGCGGUUUCUAUGGCGAGUUGUGUCCACGCAAAAAGCUGGAUUGGCGAUACAUGAUUACUGCUCCAUUAUUUGCAUUCGUAUUGGUCGUUGCAAUCGCGCUGUUGUUCAAGCAUUACCGCUACGAACAGACUUUGGCUGGCUUAUUGUGGAAGGUGGACAUGAAAGAAGUCACUGUGAUUAACUUGGGCGAAUAUAACAAUCCAAGCCAUAAGAAUAUUGUCCAAAUUUGCCGUCAAAGUAUUUUAGUUGUUGGGGAGCCCAACAAAAGGUCAUUCACAAACAUUGCUCUUUUUCGUGGUAAUAUUGUCGCCAUGAAAAAAAUUCAUAAAAAGAAUGUGGACAUAACUCGUUCUAUUCGCAAGGAAUUAAAAUUAAUGCGAGAGGUUCGACAUGAAAACAUAAUUAAUUUUAUUGGAGCAUCAAUUGAUCAUGGCUCUGUAAUAAUAUUCACAACAUAUUGUGCGCGAGGAAGCCUAGAAGAUGUUCUUGCAAACGAAGAUCUGCAUUUGGAUCAUAUGUUCAUUUCUUCAUUGGUGUCAGAUAUACUUAAAGGCCUCAUUUACCUGCACGACUCGGAGAUUAUUUCGCAUGGAAAUUUACGAUCCAGUAACUGCCUCAUCGACUCAAGAUGGGUCUGCCAAAUCUCGGAUUUUGGUCUUCACGAACUUAAGGCGGGUCAGGAUGAGCCAAACAAAACGGAACUGGAUUUAAAGCGUGCCCUUUGUAUGGCGCCCGAACUUUUACGCAACUCAUUCCGGCCAGCCCGUGGAUCACAGAAGGGCGAUAUUUAUUCUUUUGGCAUUUUACUAUAUGAGAUGAUUGGCCGAAAGGGACCCUGGGGGGAGACUGCGUAUACAAAAGAAGAGAUCAUAAAAUUCGUUAAAAGUCCUGAUCUGCUGCAGCACGGUGUAUUUCGGCCAGCCCUUAAUACUUUAAAUAUACCAAAUUACAUACGUAACUGCUUGCGUCUUUGUUGGGAUGAGGAUCCCGAAGUGCGCCCGGACAUUAGACUUGUCCGAAUGCAUCUGAAGGAACUUCAAGCUGGAUUAAAACCAAACAUAUUUGACAACAUGCUCGCGAUAAUGGAGAAAUAUGCAUACAAUUUGGAGGGCCUGGUCCAGGAACGAACCAACUUACUAUACGAGGAGAAAAAGAAAACUGAUAUGCUUUUGUAUCAAAUGCUGCCCAAAACGGUAGCAGAAUUGUUAAAGAGUGGCGAUCCUGUUAAGGCCGAAUGCUUUGAUUGUGUGACUAUUCUAUUUAGCGAUAUAGUCGGCUUCACUGAACUCUGUACUACCAGCACUCCAUUUGAGGUUGUCGAAAUGCUGAACGAUUUGUAUACAUGCUGCGAUUCCAUAAUAUCCAAUUACGAUGUUUAUAAGGUGGAAACGAUUGGAGACGCAUAUAUGGUAGUAUCUGGGCUACCUUUAAAAAAUGGCAAUCGUCACGCCGGCGAGAUAGCCUCAUUAGCGCUCCACUUGCUUGAAACUGUUGGGAAUCUCAAAAUUCGACAUAAGCCAACAGAAACGGUGCAAUUCCGUAUUGGCAUACACUCUGGUCCUUGCGCAGCUGGUGUCGUUGGGCAGAAGAUGCCACGAUAUUGCUUGUUUGGGGAUACCGUCAACACGGCAUCGCGCAUGGAGAGUACCGGAUCAGCGAUGAAGAUCCACAUAUCGGAGGAGACCUAUCAAUUGCUGCAAGCCGUUGGAGGCUACAUAUGCGUCGAGCGUGGCCUGACCAGCAUUAAAGGUAAGGGCGACAUGCGAACCUAUUGGCUAACCAAGCAAUUGCAACCCGAAAUGCGAGCGCUAAUGAUCAACGACUGGGCACCGGAUCUGAUUAGUACUGUGGAUUCUUCAAAUGGCUGCUGCUCAAAGACUAGAGGAGGCGACUUGUCCUUGUUGAAGUUUCCAAAUAUGCCCAUGAACCUGAGAACAGGGUCCUGUAACUGUGCUACCAAAUCCUUAUACAGCCGGCGCUCCGACGAUAAUGUUACCACCUCGCACAAUGCGUCUGCGCUGUCAAAGGUCACAGAAACAGUGCAGAUCAAUUGCAACCAAUUGUGCGUCUGUCGAUUGAACGGCAGCCAAGUGUUGAGCAACCGGAGCCCUCGCUCGGCUCCGAGCAUCUCAUUUAGGCUCUAGACCUGAGCUGCUCUAAAAACAAAUAGCGGAGCGAUCGUGUCACACGGUUGUAACCUAAACAUUUAUUAAUGUCUAUUGGACAUUUUUAUCGCAAAAUACUUAAAUAAAUGUAAGCUUUAACCCGUAA